AUGUCUACUAUCGUUCCCGAAUGGAGUAUCGUCGACAGUGGACAGAGCUUUCGCGCCUGGGAGCCGUCCUCAGCCUGCGGGAAUACGCCUACAGAAGCCCGCGCAUCAAGCUGCAUCUACGAUGACGUUCUGCUUCACUGGAUGCCGACACAAUGCUCUUCUCCCGAACUCAUUGACGAAUUUGAGCACGUAUGGCCGUGGGAGUUCUUCGAGGACCAAAAUGCGACAAAGGCGAUCACUCUACCACAAGUUAUGGAGGGUACGCAAGACAUAAAAUGGGUGUCUAUGGAUCUUCAUCGUUGGCAUUGUGUUGCAACAUGGAAAAUUCUCAGCAGCGCCGCACGAUGGAAAACGACGGUUCCGGCUUAUGCUAUCAACUGGAAUCACUCAACACACUGUGCCGAUCAUGUGUUGAUCAACAUGCACGUCGAAGACCCGUUUGCCAUCAACUCCCAUCUCGACAUUGAGUACACACCAUGUGUGACUCUGGCAGAGGACAGGUCACUAGAAAAGGCAACCGAGUGGUGAGGAUUUCGUUACACAGUCAUCUCAUC